UCUCCAUCUAGCUUGUAGAUGAAUUUACCAAGAUCCACCACACCACCACCACCACUACUACGUACUAGCCUGCAGGCUCCCUUAUUCUCCUCUUCUCUGCUUGGGGCAUGUUCACGCACCGUUGCCAGCAAGCCUAGAUCGAUAAGUCGCUGGAAAUCACCCGUAUCGGGCCAGAUGAACGACGUCACGACCAUCGACGGCUAUCCGAGUACGAUGCGCAAUCCUUGGUUGAGACAAAAGCCUGAUCCCUCUAUGUGUACAGUAAGCCGGCGAACACUAAGAAGGAGGCAAGACAAGUCCCCACAACAUCCGACAGGUUGAGAAUCAGGGUUCUGGCAUGAGCAUAAUUAAUCUAAGUACUCAUAUUACAUAGUAUGAACAGUUGGGAGCAGUGGUCAAUCAGAGAAGACUAUGCUAAUGAUUGCGAAACGGUUGAUAUCCGACCCUCCUGCGGAGCGAAUGGGUGGUCCGGU